AUGUGUUUCGGUGAAGAAACAAUCGUUGCUCUCGAGAAAGUAAUGGAAGAAAGAAAGAGGAAAUUGCGCCUUGAAAGAAAAUCCAAGCGAACGUUUCUGGCUAGAAGGAUAAAACGUUGCAGACGAUUUCCUAAUUUCGGUAAGCUAGUUCUCACUGUUGGCAUCCUCAAAUUUUAUACGUUUCAGUUCAUCAAUGCGUCAUCAAGAAGAAACGAGCUGCCAUGCACAAACUCGGAUUUAUAAAGGUGGCGAGAAUAUCGGAAAGUCAAAAGUAAGUGUUUCGUGUUUUCCUCUUCAUUCGAACGCUCGCAAUUUUCAGCUACUCUGGCUAUGAGGAAGAAGAAGAUGAAUUCUAUAUUCCAGAAGAAAUGCGUUCAAUGACGCCCGCUCAAAGAAUUGAGUAUUUGCUGGAAUGGAACAGUAUGCAGGGUCUGGCCGCAUACAAAAAACGAAUCGCUGAGCACGAAAAUACGAAUUCGGUUAAUUCCCGCUUUCCGUCUUCCGCCAACUCUGAUGCGGAUGAGAAGAAGGUUCUUCAUCGUUUCCCGAAGCCGAUGCCUGAAUUUACACUGCUGAAUUCUUCACCCAAAACCCGUAAUGCAACAUUGUUGAACAACAAAACUUUUCUUAUUGUUUCUCUCUCAUGAAAAAUGAAUUCUAUCAUUAUCCCGAGUCUUCGGUUCCGCAGCUUUGUCCCGUGCCUCUAAACGGCACUGUCGACAGUGUUCACCAAUUGUGGACUUUCCAAUACGAAUGAAAAGAGUACUGUAAUUACUGUAGCCGCAGGCUCCGACGCAACUCGAUGAGCUCCACUUCUGCACACAACUUUGCGUCAUACUGUACUAG